AUGACAGUCCCGAAGCCAACCCCUCAAGAUGCUCUCUCAAUUCUUCGGCAAUACUAUUCCACUGUGAUCAGUCUUCGAGGGUAUCUGGACGAACUCUUCCGUGGAUCAACAGGCGGCUCCAUGGGAAUCUCAGGCGUUCUCGUUCAUGAAGGGGACUCAAAAGCUUAUGUUGAGCUCCUUGAGACAUCCCUCGUUGGACUGAAGGAUCGCAAACCUGUGACCUGCCGGGUUCACCCUCCUAUGCUCGAUAUGCGAGAAAUUUUGGACAAGGCUCAGUCGAGAAUAUUCAAAUCCAAGCGACCUCAGAACAUCAUAACAUCUGGAUACCGACUUGCGUCCCACGAUGGGGAUCGUGCAAGGAAUGGAUUGGCACGCAUAGGAAUUACCAAUUAUUUUUUGAACACCAUCGUCACUGUGUUUCAAUCCCCGGAGUGGGAGAUGCUCCUUCAACGCAUCGGAGAAGAUGCUAUGCUGCAUCUGCUCGCGGAGAUUCCCAUCUUCCUCGCACUGCCGAAUGGUUGCUUGUGUCAGAUUACGGGCGAGCCUCUCAUACACAUGGUUCCCAGCAGACACAAUGUCGGAUUUGUGCCAAAUGGCCCAGUGCAAGCUGAUGGUAAAAGCAUAAAUGCCCCGAACAGAAAGCGGCCUUGGCCAGGUGGCGAUGAUGGUCAUGAACAAGGCCGCGAGAAACGACGCAAACUCAAUGUAGAUUUUCGAAGCAAUUCCAAUGGUAUUCCUCAGAAUGCAAUGCGCCCAAAAGCCACGUCCGCGGCCGACAUCUCCUUUCAACGUGUACGGCUGUUCUACUCCCGGCCGAAUUAUGUCCCACACACGAAUCGUAUCCUCGUCGGACUAUCCUUGAAACACAUCCUCAACCGGCUUCAGCCCUCUUAUGAACCACGUCCCAAGUCCAAAGAUGCCAUGGCUGUGGACGAAUGUCCUCGUCAGCAAGCUGAAAAUGCUCGACACCUUUCAAAAUACCUGUUUGCACGUCAAUAUGGACUGUCCACUCCCUUUACUUCGGUACAGGUGAAGGGCUCACCUUUUCAAUUUGGAGACUAUCUUGACAGAGAGAAGGAAAUCAAGGCUCUCGGACAUUGCAAGACGCCAAAACGAUUGAAGGACACACUUCCUCUGCUCGAGAAGCUGCUUCGACGCCAUGGCAGAUGCGGCUACGUACCCCUCAGAGACAGAGUGUGCCCUUCGAAGAUCAAAUCCACUGGAAGCAAGGACCUGGACAGCAGCAUUCUUCUCGAAAUGAUAUCAGAGACGUCCGUGCAGUUGCGUUCGCAGGUGUCUCUAGGAGGACUAAACACAUCCUUGGACUCAAAUGGGAAUCCAAUCAAACCUCUGGGAUUAACGCAAGCACAGAAGCAUGCCAAACAAAAACCUCGAUUUGUGGAAUUCUCCUGCAGCCACGUCGAGGUUUACCGAUAUGCUGUGCUCAUCACGAAUGCUGUUAUCCCGAAGACUUUCUGGGGCUCGAAGCAGAAUCUGAAACUUGUCUCGGUUAUGUCAAGGACCUUAUCCGAUGCCGACGGCCAAGGCAUGCAACAACAGGGCAGAGUGUCAGUGUCUGAUGCUCUCAAACGUAGAGAGCUGCUGGAAGAUUUCCUGUUCUGGUACUUUGACUCUUUCGUGUUACCGCUCCUGAAGACCACUUUCUAUGUUACCGAGUCCUCGGCCUUGCGGAAUCAGGUGCUUUACUUCCGACAUGACGACUGGGACACCCUCUGCGCUCCACUCAUUGAACGUCUCACUUCCGUGACGUUCGAGAAGUUGUCAGAUGCAGAAGCAGAAGAGAUUCUUCGACAACGGCGACUGGGUUUCUCCUUCGUUCGAUUGUUGCCGAAAGAAACUGGGGUUCGACCAAUUGUCAACCUACGCAGGCGGAAGACGAUUCAACAUGGAUCCUUUACUUCGGAGCAAUCUAUCAACCAGAUUCUCCAAGCUGCAUUCAACAUUCUGACGUAUGAAAAGACCAAUCAGCCUGAGCGCCUCGGUGUCUCCAUUUUCAGUCCGGAUGACAUAUAUCUCAAGCUGAAGAAGUUUAAAGCUUCGCUACCUCGAGACACCAAUGGUGCAUUGCUCAAACUUUACUUCGUCAAAGUCGAUGUUCAGACCUGCUUCGACACCAUCGACCAGGGAAAGCUGCUUUCAAUAUUGCGCGAGAUCGUCUCGGAGGAUGUCUACAUGACGCAAAAGUUCGGGCAAGUCAGCGCGUCUCUCGGCCGCGUCAAGCGGACAUACGUCAAGAAAGCUGUCCCUGAAGAUGAUCAUCCUCAUUUCAUUCGUUUUGCUACCGACCUCGCCAACGUCCUUCGGAACACCAUUUUCGUUGACCAGGUUGUGUACCCACUAUCGAAGAAGCAGGAGGUUCUGGACCUCCUAGAAGAACACAUCACGGAAAACCUCGUCAAGAUUGGGCAGAGUUAUUACCGUCAAAAGGUUGGAAUUCCUCAAGGAUCCGUUUUGUCCUCUAUUCUUUGCUCCUUUUUCUACGGAAACCUUGAAAAGAAGUUCUCGAGGUUCAUGGACCCCCAUAGCAUUUUGCUUCGCCUAAUCGAUGAUUAUCUAUACGUCACGACCAGCCUUGAGAAGGCUAGAGGCUUCCUGGACGUGAUGAAUAAAGGGCAUCCCGAAUAUGGAUGCUUUAUUUCACAAGACAAAACCUUGACCAAUUUCCCGUAUGGCGACCUUCUCAACGUCAUUGACCCGAGCCAGCAUGCAUUUCCUUGGUGUGGAUAUACGAUUGACACGCGAAAUCUAUCCAUCAGGGUGGACUAUACGCGUUAUCACGGAAGUGGCAUCAGGAGCACACUAACCAUUGACCGAGGUCGCAGACCUGGAAUCGCCUUUAGUUACAAAAUGCUGCAGUUGGCCAAAGCUAAAAGCCAUGCAAUCUUCUCCGACAGCGACCUGAACACAGAACAUGUCGUCUAUCUCAACCUAUACCAGAACCUCUUGAUGACGGCCGUCAAGAUGCAUGAGUACAUCCGUGACUGGAGUGCCAAUAGGAGACGGAACAACACCUUCCUGCAGAAUGUUAUCCGAAAGACAAUACUCUAUAAUUAUACAUCUCUCCGCACACAAGCGAUGCGUCGUGGGGCACCGGCUAGUGAGAAAGGCCCAGAGAUUCACAAGGAAGCGGCGACAUGGCUCGGUAUGCAUGCCUUUCAUCACGUCCUGAGCCGGAGGCCUUACAAGUACGGCUCAUUACUGAAAUGGUUAGAGUCAGAGCUUCGCCGCUCGAAAUGUCGUCGGUUCUCUCGUCGAUUCAGUAAAUUGGUGAAAGAGGGGCAAGCUGGGCUUGCGCAGAUUCCCAGUUGA